AUGCUUGAUAGUGCUAGCAUAGAUCAUGAUCCAAUUUUCAAGGGGAUGUAUAACACCGUUCACAUUGACGAGAAGUGGUUUUAUUUGAAAGAAAAGUCGAAGAAGUUUUACUUGGUCCAUGAUGAAGAAGAUCCAAUUUUCAGUUGUCAAAGCAAAAAUUACAUACCAAAAAUCAUGUUUUUAGUGGCCAUUGCUAGACCAAGAUUUGAUGCACAAGGAAAAGAAAUAUUCUCCGGGAAAAUUGGUGCAUUUCCCUUAAUAACAAGAGAGCCAGCUAGAAGGUCUAGUGUAAAUAGACCUGCUGGUACACUUGAGACAAAACCAAUACAAUCGAUUACUAGAAAUGUCAUCAAGAAAUGUGUGCUUGAGCAAGUUGUACCAUCCAUGAUGGAACUAUGGCCAAUUGAAGAAAGGGGUCAACCAAUAUUUAUUCAACAAGACAAUGCAAAAACACACAUUGAUUCUGAAGAUCAAGAUUUUCGUUGUGUAGCCUCACAAAAUGGAAUUGAUAUUCGUUUGGUGCGUCAACCACCAAACUCUCCUGAUUUAAAUGUUUUAGAUCUUGGUUUCUUUAGGUCAAUUCAAGCCUUACAACACAAGAAGUCUCCUAACUCUGUUGAUGAUAUUGUGGAUGCAGUUCAAAAGUCAUUUGAAGAGUAUGACACUAUCCUGUCAAAUCGUAUAUUUUUAUCACUUCAAUCAUGUAUGAUUGAAAUCAUGAAAGUAAAAGGUACCCACAACUACAAGAUUCCACAUAUGAAAAAAGAACAAUUAGAAAGAAGAAAGGAAUUGCCAACACAAAGGAAAUGUGAUAUUCAAUUGGUGCAAGAGGUUCUUAGUUAUUUAGAUCAAUAG